UCUUGUCAAUAAUUAAUUUGCGUUUUCUGUUAACGGUUAGCCUUAUAGCAAUACAAAUUAUGGUGUUAUUAAUUUACUAGCAAGGUCUCUGGUUUGUUGGCACAUCUUAACUGCAAGGAAUAGGAAAUAUUAACUUCUGGUUGGACUGGACAUUGCCUACUUGGAUCGUUGAACAGAUCAUUCUUAAGCUACUUAUAUAUAUAUUUUCUAUGAAUCUACCAAAAUUAAAAUAUGUACUUUUUUAUUGUUUUAAAGGAUAUUUAAUUUUGGGUAUGGGUGGGUUCUUGGAACUAUUUGCAUCUGGAUUUUCUGUGGAUUUUUCUCUGUUUAUGUCGUUUUCCUUAAUAUCCCAAUUAAUAAUGAGCUGUAAUAAUUCUGUUUAUGUUUUCUUAUAAUGUAUGGAAUUUCUGAACCUUUUACACUGAUUAAGUGUUAAUAUGAGGAUGAAGCAAAAGCAAUUUUGAGAUGCACAUCUGGAACGGUCAACCGAGUGAAUCUGCGAUAGAUGUUGACGAAUGCUCAGAGACCACAGAUGACUGUCACAUAGACGCUCUCUGCCAGAACACGCCCCAAUCCUACAAGUGCAUCUGCAAAGCGGGGUACCAGGGGGAUGGGAAACAGUGUGAAGAUGCGGACGAGUGUGAUAAUGACUACACCGGAGGCUGUGUCCAUGAGUGCAUUAACCUCCCGGGGAACUACCGGUGCACCUGCUACGACGGCUUCUCCCUGGCGAACGAUGGACACAACUGCCUGGAUGUAGAUGAGUGUCUGGAUAACAACGGUGGCUGCCAGCAGAUCUGUGUGAACACCAUGGGAAGCUACGAGUGCCUGUGCAACGAGGGGUUCUUCCUGAGCUACAACCAGCACACCUGCAUCCACCGCUCUGAAGAUGGGAUGAACUGUAUGAAUAAAGACCAUGGCUGUGCCCAUAUCUGUCAAGAGGCUCCUAAGGGGGGCGUGGCCUGUGAAUGCAGACCUGGGUUCGAACUGGCCGAGAACCAGAGAGACUGCAUGUUGACUUGUAACUAUGGAAACGGGGGCUGUCAACACACCUGUGACGACACAGAGGCGGGGCCUGUGUGUGGCUGCCACCAGAGCUAUGCUCUCCACUCAGACAGCAGAACCUGCAUUGAGAGAGAUGAGGCUGCAGGUGAGAGCUCUGAGCUCAAUGCUACGUCAUUAGCUGAUGUGGACAAGCGGGUGAAACGGCGGCUGCUCAUGGAAACCUGUGCAGUGAACAACGGGGGAUGUGAUAGGACCUGCAAGGACACCGCCACUGGGGUACACUGCAGCUGCCCUGCGGGGUUUACCCUGCAACCCGACGGCAAAACCUGCAAAGAUAUAAAUGAAUGUGAGCGUAGUAAUGGUGGAUGUGAUCACUUCUGCAGGAACACGGUGGGCAGCUUCGUGUGCAGCUGCCUGAAGGGUUACAAGCUGCUGACCGACGAGAGGAGCUGCCAGGAUAUCGACGAGUGCUCCUUCGAAAGGACCUGUGACCACGUGUGCGUCAACUACCCCGGCAGCUUUGAGUGCCUGUGCGAGAGGGGCCACACGCUCUACGGGAAGACGCACUGCGGAGACGUCGACGAGUGCAGCGUUAAUAACGGGAGCUGCGAGCACGGCUGUGUGAACACGCCGGGCAGCUACGCGUGCGUGUGCCCCCCCGGCCACAGCCUCCGCUGGAACAAGAAGGACUGCAUCGAGACGGUUAAAUGCCCCCCAGGCAGUAAGACCCCCCCUGGAGCCCAGCUCACCUGCGCCAGGACAGGUGGGGCCGAGGUGUGUGCCCUGUCCUGCCCCUCCAAUGCCCACUUCACCACAGACUCUGAAAGUGGCUACUCCCUCAGCUGUGGGACACCAGUGCAGCCUGGGAAAUCUCCCCAGAAGAGGAACGCUACUGACCUCAUGCUGAGCUGCACAGAAAUCGUGGCAACACCCAUCAAACAGAAAGCUCGCUUCAAGAUCAAAGAUGCCAAGUGUCAACUGAGGCCCCGAAUUAAGGAAAUGCACAGCGAUGCCCCCAUUAACCUGCAAGAAGGGGGUCCGUUCGCCUGCACAGACGACUGCCAGGUGACCUUCGUCAACCUCAGGUGCGAGUCGUCGAAGAAGCGUCGGCGAGGUCGGAAAUCUCCCUCGAAGGAGGUGUCCCACAUCACAGCGGAGUUCGAGAUGGAGAUGGAGGGGGAGGAAGCCUCAGACUCCUGCGACGUGGGUUGUGUGAGGGAGAGGAUGAAGCAGAAGUUGCAGGCAGCUGUUCGCAGCCUCAGGAGGUCCAUAAACAGGCAGCAGUUCUACAUCCGCUUCUCAGACACGGAGUACGAGGUGGCACAGAGCCCCGCCCACAGCCCCGCCCACAUCCCCCACAGCCAAGAGCUCUGCAGCACAGGCCAGGUCCUGCGAGAGGGCCAGUGUGCCAGUUGCAGUGUGGGAAGCUUCUACAGUGGUGAGGAGUACCUGUGCGUGCUAUGUCCUUCUGGGACUUAUCAGGACACGCCCGGCCAGCUGUCCUGCCAGCCCUGCCCCAACAGCAACAGCCAGGGCCUCCCGGGGGCCAAGAACAUCUCCGAGUGUGGAGGUCAGUGCCUGCCAGGCCAGUUCUCCUCAGAUGGAUUCCAGCCCUGUCAGCCGUGCCCCCUUGGAACCUACCAGCCCGAACCUGGGCGGGUCCUCUGCUUCCCCUGCGGGGGCGGGCUCAUGACCAAAUACGUGGGCGGGGUGUCCUUCAAGGACUGCGAGGCUAAAGUGCACUGUGCUCCUGGUCACUACUAUGAUGCUUCCACUCACCGCUGCAUCCGCUGCCCGUCUGGCACCUACCAAUCAGAUUUCAGCCAGAACUUCUGCAUCACCUGCCCCGGCAACACCACCACCGACUUCGACGGAGCCACUGAUGUCUCACACUGUAAAAACCAGCUGUGUGGGGGGCAUUUGGGAGAGUACAUGGGGUACAUCGAGUCCCCCAACUACCCCGGAGACUACCCCUCUAACGCCGACUGCGUGUGGAACAUUAACCCGCCGCCCAAACGACGCAUCCUCAUCGUCGUCCCGGAGAUCUUCCUGCCAAUCGAGGACGAGUGCGGAGACGUGCUGGUCAUGAGGAAAACUGCCCAGCCUACCUCCAUAACCACCUAUGAGACGUGUCAGACAUAUGAGAGGCCCAUUGCCUUCACCUCCCGGUCUCGGAAGCUCUGGAUCCAGUUCAAGUCCAAUGAGGGGAACAGCGCCAAGGGCUUCCAAGUGCCCUACGUCACCUAUGAUGAGGACUAUCAGCAGCUGGUAGAAGACAUCGUUCGGGACGGACGGCUGUAUGCCUCAGAGAAUCACCAAGAAAUAUUAAAAGAUAAGAAGCUGGUGAAGGCGCUGUUCGACGUGCUGGCUGACCCUCAGAAAUACUUCCAGUACACGGCCAAGGACACGGCCAUGUUCCCCCGGUCCUUCAUCCGACUCCUCCGCUACAAAGUCUCCAGGUUUCUACGGCCGUACAAAUAACCCCGCCCCCUGCACUCCCCGUCUCUCGGAACCUCACGCUGAUGGCUACACCCCGCAAACCCUGCCUGCCCCCCUUUGCGGUCCCCGCUUGGACGCUAAUUUCUAAAUUAUGUCUGUCUUUGCCAAGUAAUAUUUAUGUGUGUGUGUGUGUGUGUCUGUAUGUCUGUCUGUCGGUGUGGGUGUGAAUGCAUGUGAAGGUACAUUUACGCGAGGGAAUGCUAGUACAUGUGUAAAUGUGUAUGAGGGUUUAUAAGUACACGUGUACAUGUAUGUGAGGGUAUGUUAGUACACAUAUUUGUCUGUGCGAGCGCUUGUUAAUACAUGUGUAUGUGUGUAAGAGGGCAUAUUAGUACACGUAUACAUGUAUGUGAGGGUAUGUAUGUACAUUUAUGUGAGGGUAUGCAUGUACAUGUAUGAGAGGGUGUGGUAGUAUACGUGUACAUGUAUGUGUCUGCAUUUGGUCGGGUUGUUUCUUGGAUCCCCUGAUGUAGGCAAGAGGUUUUAAAAUGUCUUCUUGUUUUUUGUUUUUGUUUUGGGUUAAACCAUUGGAGUGUGGUAAAUUAAUAGAACCUGCUUUCGAAAAGCUCAAACCAUUCCGCACAUGUUCCCAAUAACAGUGAAGACACUUAUUCUACACAAGAUGUAUAGCCAACCUACCUGUAAUAUAUGUAUGUGGUGUAAUUUAUAUUUGGAAUGCUAAUUGCACUUGAAUUUUAUAUUGGAAACCUUUAAAAAAAAAAAAAACGUGUUAUUUUCCUUUUGUUUGUAUUUUAUAGAUGUAUAUCUCCUUGGGUUUAGCAAAAAAUGGUUGCCUUUAUCUCUCACUGUAUUUCCACCAUCAGCACAGUACUGGUGUGUGUGUGUGAGUGUGCGCGUGCGUGUGUGCGCGUGUGUGUGUGCACGCAUCUUUCUGUGUGUAAGCAUGUUUGAUUCCUUCAGAUUAUUUAGUUAUAAAAGAAACAAUUACUUCUGCCAGUAUUGAAAAUAUAAGUCUUCUUUUGCAAGAUUGUUCAUUAAAAUGUCCUACCCCUUAGAAACAACCUUGUUGUCAACACAUACACACGCACACACACAUGCACAUGCACACAUAUAUACAAUGCAAACAUGUUCAUGCAGAUAUACAGAGACACAUGGAAAUGCAUGCAGACGUUUUUUUCAAUUUGCAUGGAAGUUUCAAAAUGAGACAGACAAAUUGCUGCUGGUGACUGCUGGUGUAAACUUUUGGAUUGCCAAUAUGUAAAUGAUGUACAAACGUUCGCUAGUUUUGGGGUUGAAUGUUAAUAUUUACCUUAUUACAGGGCUUAGACAGAGAAAGGAAAUCAUCUGUAUAAUCAAAGAACAUGCUUAUAAUGGUAUAAUUAUUGUUGUCAAGUUGUGUCCAAUGGUAAACAAAAGUGCUUGAACACUAGAUUUAUAAAACUGCUUCUUCAUUGUCUUAUGAUGAAUUUAUAUAUCCAAAAGGAAAGUACAUGUAAUUUAAUAAAAAAUGAGGCAAAGUUGGCAAAAAAAAAUUGUUAUAUGACUUAUUAAAUUAUUUAAUAUUCCA